AGAAAACUGGAAUUUAACAUAACCUUCAAAGAAAAGCUCUCCCGUGACUGUCACUGCAAUUGUUGUGCUCCAGUUGUUUUCGUUUUCCUGAUUGUCUGCUAAAAUUCUGAAUCUGCGUUUUAUGUUUGUUGUAGGGACUAAAAUGCUUUUAACGAGAUGAUGAUUUCCGUGAGAAAUAAAUGCCACUUCCCAGUCUGUGAUAUUUUUUCUGUCAUUCAAUUUUUAUUCAUUAUUCAUCUUUUAUUAUAUCAUUCCGUUUUAUGUAUUCCAUUACAUUUGUUUUCUACUGAUUUUAAUGUUACGAAGCGAAGUAAUCCUCCGAAUGAAUUUUCAAAAAUUAAAUUUGAAGAUAUUAAACCCCCAGAUCAUUUACAAGGGGUGCGGAUGGAAAGAGACGGCCAUUUGAACAAACAGUUUAGAAAGGAAGUUUUACUGGGAAGUACAAAUGGAAGUGUAACGGAAGAUGAAAAGCUUCUUGUAUCCGUCCACAGAAAAGCUGACAUCAAUAAAGAUGGCUUUCUAGAUGAAAAAGAAUUAGAAAUUUGGAUAGCAAAGAAAGUAAAGGAACAUUUUCAGAAAGCUGUCCAUGAAAAUAUUUAUAUUUUCACAGCUUUGGAUAAAGAUCACAAUGGCCGUGUGAGUUGGGAAGAAUAUCAUGUAAAUUAUAUGAUUGAACAAGGUUUCAAUGAAACAUAUGCUCAGAAACAUCCAGAAAAUCACAAAAAUCUAAAGCGUGAAGUAAAAGAAAAAAUCCUCUUGGACAAAGCAGCCUGGUCAGAAGCUGCCAAUUCUGAUCCUGAUGCUCUCAAUAUUGAUGAGUUUCUUACAUUCCGUCAUCCUGAACAUAGCCAUGUAUCACUUAUCAAUAUGGUUAAUGACAUUAUUGCCAGUUUAGAUGACAAUGGUGAUGAAAUGUUAACAGAGCAAGAAUUUGCAGAAAUGCCUGAUCCCGAUGAAACCAACCAUUCAGCAUCUGACUGGAAACAAGAGAGAAUAAGAGAAUUUAGGGAAAAUAUAGAUCUUAACCAAGAUGGAAAAGUUUCUAGAGAAGAAUUACUGAUGUAUAAUGAUCCAGAAAAUCCUGUACAUUCCAAAACAGAAGCUAGAAAGCUUAUAAAAACAGCUGAUGCAAAUAAAGAUAACCUUUUAUCUUUAGAUGAAGUUCUUGCAAAGAAAAAUUAUUUCCUUGGAAGCAAAAUGGUGGACACUGCUCGUAGUUUUCAUGAUGAAUUCUAGUCUGUGAUAUUUUGUUUAUUCAAAUUUUGUGUAUUAUUUUAAUCUAGAAUAAAUAUAUAUUGUUAUA